AAGAAACGCAAGAUGUCUCCCGCUCCCGAGAAAUCCGACAUCGCCCCCACCUCGAACUUGCUCAUAAAACGUCUCUCGGAGAAAGCGAAGCUCCCUACCCGUGGCUCUGCACUCGCGGCGGGGUAUGAUUUAUACAGUGCGGAACAAAAGGUCAUCCCAGCGCGCGGAAAAGCUCUUGUCGAUACUCAAAUAUCCAUCGCUGUCCCUGCGGGGACGUAUGGGCGUGUUGCGCCUAGGAGUGGUCUCGCCUCGAAGUUCAUGAUCGACACCGGCGCAGGCGUCAUAGACGCAGAUUACCGUGGCGUCGUCUUCGUCUUGCUCUUCAACCUUUCGGACCAAGACUUCACAGUGCAAGAAGGCGACCGGAUAGCCCAACUCAUCAUCGAGAAGAUCGAAACACCUGCUGUGCUCGAGGUCGACGAUCUCGACGCCACACUACGUGGUGCGGGAGGAUUUGGCUCGACGGGUGGGCAUGGUUCGUUGUAAGUUCACAUUGUACGGACGGGGACGGACUGGAAGGUUCUUUGUUGGGGGGUUUGUUGGGUGUUUUGCUUGGAGCUCGGAGGUUGAAAACGUUGGGAAUCGAGACGUCGUUUGGGCAUCAUUUCUUGGGCACUGUGUAUUUAUUCAGUCAAAAUAUCUCUGGAGUUUCUUACAAAGAGAAUUCGAUUAUCU